AUGCCAUUCUCAUACAAAGACCUAACCACGAGGGACAAAACAGCCGAAAAGAUCCCAACCAAGGGCAAAGGUCUCGGCGCCUUCACCAGUCCAUCCGGCUACGCCGUCAUCCUAUGCUUUCCCAUCACCCUGUGGCAAAGCCGCCGUAACACUAAGAAGACAGUCGAAGGUCUCAAAGAGGCUAGGCGGCAAAAGGCAGAACGAAGAAAAGCUGCACAUAUGGAAAAUUUCCAGGAACAGCAGAAGCGGAGAGAAAUGCGUGACAAGAGUGGCGCCAACCGAGUUGGUCUUGGACCUCAGGGGCCACCAAGACAGAAGCAAGUUCCAGAGGUUGAGCCGUUGGAUCCCUUGUUGGAGAGGGAUCCUGAGAAUCCGCGGAACUGCGAUUCGACGUGUGGGAAUGCCCUGAAGGGCUCUUGUUCUAUUCAUGAUAGGAAGCAGUCUUCUCGACCCACGAGUCCUGGACUGCUGGCAAUCUGA